CACCUUCCAAAGCUUUACCAUUACCACUUCACUAUUUCUCUAAGAAAAUGGCAGCUAUGCAAGCAUUCACCCCUCUUGCUGACAUUAAGCCCUUCAAAACACAUUGGAAAAUUCAGGGUACUUUGAUUCAUGCUACUGUUAAGAAGCCACAAGUGAGCAAACUCCAAAGGUUCAUAGUUUCUGGAGAAUGGCGUAUUAUCGAGCAUUUUACACUAACCAAAUCAACAGGAAAGUAUCGAGCCACGAAACAUGGUUUCAAGAUGUCCAUGAUGGAAAAAACUGUGAUAAGUCGCACUCCUGCUGUUUCUGAUGACAUUUAUGUGGAUCUGGCAAACUUUCUAGAUAUUUUGAAUGAAGCAGGAUUGAGUGAAAACAUCUUAAUUGAUGUACUUGGACAGGUUGUUAGUUUCAAUGAAAUGAAAAUUCAUGAUGUUAACAACAAGAUCACAAAGAGACUUGAGUGUGAACUCAGAGACACAAAUGAUGAAAGGCUAAAAUGCACUCUUUGGGGGAGAUUUGCUGAGGCAAUGUAUAAUGCAUGUCAAAAUGCAGGGACUGAGAGAGUGAUUUGCUUGCUUCGGCUUGCAAAGAUCAACUCAUUUAAAGGUGAAAGAGCUGUUUCAAAUUCAUUUGAUAUGUCUCUAUUGGAAAUCAAUGCUAACUACCCUGCUGUUCUUGAGUUUGUGGCCAAUUGCCUCAAGUGUAGCAAAACUGCCUAUAAGAUUCCAAAGGUUGAAAAUGAGAUUGUCAAGAAAGGUAAGAAAGAAAUGUUUUGGUGUCCAACAUGUAAGGAAGACACUCCUAAGGUGAUACCAAGGUAUCUUUUAAACGUUGGAGUAAUGGAUAGCACUGGAGACACUAAAUGUCUUAUCUUUGAUAAAAGUGCACAAGAGAUAAUCGGUGUGUCUGCAGAGGAUUUGUUGGAAGGGAAGUGGGAUGAGGUUUCAACCGUUUGGCUGGGUAAUGAAUCUGACAAUCUAGAUACUGUUGAAGAUUCUGACCAGCAGACUGACCAACGUAAUGACCUCUCUAUUGAUCAGGAAGGACUUGCUCUGACCAAUAGUAGUGAAACCACUGACCCUUUAGGUCCUACAUCAUCCACUCCUUCAUCUAAGCGUAGUAUGGAUGCUGUUUCUGAGGACAUUGAAGGUCAGGGUUCUACUACUAAAAAGGCAUGUGUCUCUUCCAUUCUUGGUGACAUUGAGAAGGAAGAGAUUGAAGGUGGCAAGAAUUAAGUUGUGCUGGCUGGGAAUAAUGUAGGGAGCUUGGC